AUGCCACCUGGAUUAGGGCAGUUGACUUCUCUUCAAGUAUUACCGUUGUUUAUUGUAAACGAGGAACUUUCUUGCGCUGGUCUUCCGGAACUGAACAAGCUAAAUAACUUGAGAGGAGAACUAAGAAUUAGAAUUAAGGUACGGGUGAAAGAUGCCACCUCUAAAGCCAAGGCUGCGAAUUUGAAGGACAAGCAGCAUCUUAGAAAAUUGGAAUUAAUAUGGGGUAAGCUGGGUAAUGAUGUCGCACGUGUUUGGGAAGAUGAAAAUUUAAUGGAAGGCCUCCGGCCACACCAGAAUUUAAAAAUGUUGACGGUGGUAGGGUACCAGGGUGUGAGAUUUCCGAGUUGGCUUCCUUCGCUAACUGGUCUUGUGAUAUUAGAAAUAUCACAAUCGAUGUGCCAACAUCUAUCGCCAAUGUAUCAACUCCCAAAUCUCCGAAAUCUAUCUCUAGAAUUUAUGGAUGGUCUGGAAUACAUAUCAGACCGGGAAAUCACUGAAGAGAUCUCUGCUUCAUCAACAUUUUUCCCAUCCCUAAAGUCACUCAAAUUGUGGAGCUGCCCUAAUCUAAAGGGAUGGUGGAGGAGGGAUACAGUGGGUGUGGUAACAUCAAGUCAUCAAUACCAGUCGCAUGUCUCAUUGCCUUCUUUUCCUCGGCUUUUACAAUUGGAAAUUUCUUUUUGCAAAAACCUGACUUGCAUGCCAUUGUUUCCAAAUCUUGAAGAACCGCUACGACUAACAGUUUCCAGUUGCAAUCCAUUGCAACAAACAAUGAAUAUGAUAGAUAUCUUUUCAAUUCCCUCUGCUUCGAAAUCCUCCCCUCCUCUCUCCAAAUUAAAGUUUCUAUCUUUGGAUAGGAUUCAGGACAUAGAGUUACUGCCAGAGCAGUGGUUGCAAAACCUGGCUUCUCUUGAGGAGCUAGAGAUAAAGGGAUGCGAUAGACUAAAAUCUCUAUCUCUGUCUCUAUUUAUGAAACAUCUGACCUCCCUCAAGAAGCUGUGUAUUAGCUGGUGCGAGGAGGUUGAUCUGUUCAAUGAUGAAGACACACAAUCUGUUGGUGUCAGCCCUCUGCAACGUCUCACAAUUGAUGGAUGCCACAAUCUCAUAUCACUUCCCGAAGGGAUUGGCAACCUUACUGCGCCUCAAACACUUGAAAUUUCUGGUUUGCCCAAUCUGAUAUCACUUCCUGAAGGGAUUAGAAGUCUCACAUCACUCAAAAGAUUUGAAGUCCGUUCAUGCCCCAAUCUAACAUCGCUUUCAUCAGGAAUGCAUCGGCUCUCCUCUUUACAAACCCUGAUAAUCGCUGCCUGUCCCCACUUGAAAGAAAGAUACCAGAAGGGAAUUGGCGAGAUUGCUCAUGUCCCAAAUUUUCAAUAUUAUGAUUCUUAG